CCUCCUCCAAGUGUUUUGUUCUCGGCUCCUUUGAAAGCUUUUAGGUCAUCGCUUUCAUCACCCUUUUAUCAUCAUCACUCAUUCAUUGAUUUUGGAUUGGCGGCGUGGAAAAUGGCUAGUCAAGAGAUACGCAUAAGUUUGCCUGGAAUGACAAAAGUACCGUUAAUAGAUAGAAAAGAAGAUGUUUACUCUAUUCUUCUAACUUAUUUGCACCAGUUUUCUCCAGUUGAGGGAAACUUUAACAUACGCCCUUCAGCUUGUUUCUCUCCUCAUAUUUUUGGGGCUGGCAAGAGUUUUGUUGGUGAAAAUUUUUUAGAGUUUUUAAAAAAAUUCGCCGACGAAGAAGAAGAGCAGACGGAGACGGAGGUUUUCAACAAGAGCUCAUCGGGAAAAGUUGAUUUGAAGAUUUUUUCUUGGAAACACUUUGCGGAAAACACUUUGUCAGUUAUCUUAGAACUAAGAGAGAGCUUUUCUGAUGCUCCUUUUCCAAGGUUUCGAAAGGCUUUGAUGUAUAACAUAGCUAUGGCUACAGCCGAGUGUAAUGGUAUGAGUGCCCGAGAAAUUGUAGAAUUCACGGACGCAGCGAUGAAGCAACCUAGUGUUUCUUUAUUUGUCCAGUAUCUUCUCGAACAAUUUCAGAAACAAUAUUUAUUUUUGAUGAUAGACGAACUUAGUCACCUGAGUUACCUCACCACAUACUAUAGUGAACUUACCACGAAACAGUUCGUCGAGUCUGACCCAAAAUAUGUACCUUUCCGGAAUUUCUUCCGUAUUUUACGUGAUUUGUUGAUUACAGGGAAGGUAAUUGUCUAUUUGGCAGGUCGGACUGCUGAAAUCUCAGCCCGCCUGUCUGAUGCUCGCUCCAGUAGAGUGAGUCUCCAUAUGUUGCGGCUGAAUCCCUUUAAUCUCCAUGAUAUUAACGAAUAUAUUGAGCUGGCAAUUUAUGAUGGAAAGUCCUUGAAGGACUGGUUAUUGCCCUCUGAUGAAUUACGGUAUCGAUUCGUAGAAUUGUUGAAGAAGAAGACAGGAGGUAUUCCGUUGAUUGUAAAGAAUACUUUAUUAGCCCUAGUAGGGAAAGUUGCAAACUUAUCGCAACCUGCUAUCAACAACGACAAUAUGGAAUUUUUAUUAGAUGGUGUCUUUGAAGAUAUACUAAAUGAGUCAGGAACGUUUAUUAUUCCGGAGAUACUAGAUUCCGCAACCCUUCUUCGAUAUCAAUUUGUCCUUUUGAAUUAUCAACUCGGAACGAUUUUCCCAAUCGGAUUUGCAAUUACUCUAUGUGGAACGAGAACUUAUUUGAUGGACUUGGUUGCAACUUUUGGGUUUUAUUCUGAAAAUUGUGGAACUGACGGGAUUGAUUUGGGCACUAAGUUUAAGAUUGGUUGUUGUGAAUUUAUAUUGCGAGCUCAUAGCAACUAUAACUUUUUCCGUGAAGCUACUGAACUUUUUCCUUUAUCUCCGUUUAGUUAUAUUCCCGACACUUCAACAGCAAAAGGAGUCUUCUUUGAAUUUGUAUUUAUGAAGAUCUUUCGUUUUCGCUUAUUAACUUUUCUUCAUUCUAAUUCCUCGCCUAUUGUACAUUCUGCUAUUCCAGGAAUUUUCCAGGGUUCUUUUAUUGAACAGGACAAUGUUUCGUAUUCUAUGGAAUCUACAAAAUCUAAUGAUAUACCCAUCUUGAGAAAUGUCUCUCGUUCAUUUUCUGGUCAUUAUAGAGAUUAUUUACAACAUUGUGGUAUUUUUGUUCCAAAGGAGGGCAAUUCGAGUGGUCCUGAUGCAUAUGUUGUAUUCCAUAAUGGACAAACACGUUAUGUUGUUGGAUUUUCAUUCAAAUUUUAUCACAAAACUGAAUUUUCGAAAACAAAUAUUGAGGAAGAAGCCAAAAAAUUUUUUAAGGGAGUUGUUUCCGUUUUGAAUGACGAAUCUUUUUCAUCUGUUCAACUUCGUUUUCAGUUUGUGGUAGUAUGUACUAGAUAUGAUCAAUCUGUAGGUUUCUCUACCGAAGAACAUAAUAUUGUUGAAGAUGCAAGUGGUUUUGUGACUCAACAUUCUUCGGGAUCAACUUUGAAUGAAAGUAGUCGAUCAUGUCUGCAAUUGGUAAUUGUUUCUCAAAGGAACCUUGAAAUGUAUUUGGGAAGAGAUAAUGUCGAAACGUUGAGGAAAAUUGGGGAAGCAAACCGAGGAGAGUUUUCUAAAAACUUUUCAGUAUGGUGUGAAACUGUCUUUGAGUCGAUGUCCAAUGAAUAUGUUUCAUCUUUGGAAGCUGAGCAAUCAACUGUUACUUUAAGAGUGGCUCGAAAUAUAAGACCGAGAACCAAUGAGGAGAAUAGGAUGCAAAUGGAAGGUUUUCAAAGUGCUAUGCAAGUGGAAGAAGGUAUAACAAGAAGCGAACAAGUAUCAAGUGAUAUUACACAUUUUGACUGGAAAGAGUUUCUUUGCAAGUCUGCGUUAUUACCGGAAGAAUUUGCCUCUCGUCAUGCUUCGAGAUUUUUACGCAUAUUUGGAGAUAAUCCUCAAGUGAUUCGAAGAAAGUCACUAGAGUUGAUGGGUAUACCAGAACAAUAUAUUCAACAAAUUCUAAUUGCAACGAUGUUACUGGAAGAAAACACAGAAAUGAAAGAAUAAUUAGCUGCUUUCAAAUUUGUGUU